AUGUCCAACAUUCGCAUGCUUAAUCAAAAAGAGGAGGCCGACUCCGAUGUCGAGGUUUCCUGGGCCGAUCAGCAAAAGAUUAAUGAGUUUAGUAAACUGAAUGCCAAAAUUGAUGAUCUCGAGGAACAGUACGAGAAGAUGAAGCAAGAGAAAGAAUACUUGGAUGAUGUUGCAAUGGAACUUGAAUUGGCAGAUGAGGAUGAACCUGUGAGAUACAAGGUCGGUGAUACAUUUGCACAUGUACCUGUUUCCGAAGCACUAGAGCGCGUUGAGAAAGAUACCGAAAAGAUUCAGCUCGAACUUGAUAAUAUCCGAAGCGAUGUAGAGAGUGUACAGGGCAAAAUGGAGGAAUUGAAGAAGUUAUUAUAUGCAAAGUUUGGAAAUGCUAUCAAUCUCGAAAAGGAUUAA